AAACUCCAUCUUGUUGUGUUCUUCUGGUGCCAAGCAAUCAAAGAGCUCUCAUCUCCACCAGAAAUGAAGGAGAAUUCCAUGGUCUUUGUCUUCCCCUAGUCCCCAACAAAUCCCCGGAUCUCCCUGUUGUUAUUCUCCAUUUUAUCUUUUUCCUCUCUUUCCAUCCCUUUUCUGAGGAUCACUCUUUUGAGAGAUGAGAACAAGAUAGAACCAAAGUGAAAGCCAAAAAACAAGAAAAGAAAGGCAAGAAAGAGAGUUUGGAAGGUAGAGAGAGAGAGAGGGGAGAGAGACAAAACAAAAAUCCCCGGAAAUAAGCAAUUUUGAUCUUUUUCCUGGCCACCCUUUUAUCCCUUUUUCAUCUUUGUCUUCUUCAAGAUGUCAAAUAUCACAGGUGAAGGUGGGAGCUUCUCUUCAGGCAAUACUGGUGAAGCUGAAGUUCAACCACAGGAGCUUCUGAAUCAGUUUUUUGGUGCUAAUAGUUCAUUAUUAUCAUCAGCUUCAGCUAAUAAUGAUGGUCUCACCGCAAGUGCUCAUGAUGAGAGGCAACAGCUUCAAGCUCCACAAGCUAAGAAGAAAAGAAGCUUACCAGGAAACCCAGACCCAAGCGCAGAAGUCAUUGCUCUAUCCCCAAACGCGCUCAUGGCGACGAACCGUUUCGUGUGCGAGAUAUGCAACAAGGGCUUCCAGAGGGACCAGAACCUGCAGCUCCACCGGCGAGGGCACAAUCUCCCGUGGAAGCUCAAGCAGAGAGGGAGCGCCGAGAUCAGGAAGCGGGUCUAUGUGUGCCCCGAGCCGAGCUGCGUGCACCACAACCCGGCCCGAGCGCUUGGCGACCUGACGGGGAUAAAGAAGCACUUCUGCAGGAAGCAUGGUGAGAAGAAGUGGAAGUGCGAGAGGUGCUCCAAGAAGUAUGCGGUUCAAUCGGAUUGGAAGGCUCAUUCCAAGACUUGUGGGACAAGAGAAUACAAAUGUGACUGUGGCACUAUAUUCUCCAGGAGAGAUAGCUUCAUCACCCACAGAGCCUUCUGUGAUGCCUUAACCGAAGAAAACACCAAGCUGAGCCAAGCCCUAGCUCCCCACCUACCUUCCUCGGUGGGCCAACAACCUAAUAAUCUCUCUUCUUCUGCUUCCGUCCCUCUAAGCCAAGCUCCUCACAGCAACAUCAAUCCCUCCACUGAAGCGCCAGAGUUCGCCAGCCAUGCUGACACGAAACCCCCAUUAUUCUCUCUUCCGCAAGGGCUCAUCCUUCCCCCGCCGAAACCCUUGAUGAUGCCUCAAACCAUGUUCUCCGGCAACAACCUCUUCGGCACUGCCAACGCGAGAACCAUGGCCCCACCGCCCAGCUUGAUCCAUGGGAUGAAUAGCCCGCAAAGCAGCUCGGCGAUCAUGUCGGCAACGGCUUUGUUGCAAAAGGCUGCUCAAAUGGGGGCGACUGUGAGUAACAACAGUGCGACCGGUUUUGUCUCGGCGGCGAUGGCUCCAUCGUCAUUCGGGGGAAUGUUGCAGAAGCAAGCUCAGCACAACACAGGCUUCGUGAACAGGUUCAUGGAGAGGGGACAAGAAGAGAUUACCGAGCAAUUCAUGAAUAAUGUGAACAGUGAUAGCGAUAGAGAGGGAGUUUUUAGUGGAUUGUUAGGUCAGAACAGUCAUGACUUUUUGAAGAGCGUGGAGGUCGACCCUGGAAAGACCACAACCGUUGAUUUCCUGGGGAUCGGAGGGACGAGGCCGGCCGGGAACUUGCAUGAAGGUCAGAGGGAGAUGCAUUUGAAAGGGUUCAUGACUCAGUUCCAGCCGCAGACCACAUUGGAGAAACCUAUGUGGGAGGUUUAACUAGGAACAAUUGUGUUAAUGUUUAUGCAAUUAAUUAGAGAUCUUUUUCGUCUUCCCUAGUUCCAUCCUUUUCCCUAUUUUAAUCCUCUUCAACGUAUAAUAAUUUAUCCUAAAUUCUGAUUGUCGU